GUAUGUACAUUCAAAAACAAGUCUGUGUCUGGUGCUUUGCAAAAAUAAAUUUGUUGUCGUGAAAUAAAUGUGAAAAAUGUUAGAGAACAUCGACUGCUGGCUGUACAUAUUGAAAUACGUGGAUCUGAAGGAUCAAUUGUCGCUGACCGAAAUCUCACCCAUUUUGAAUACAGCGGUGCAUUUGCAUUGGCGGCAUCUGAAGCAGGCGCUGGUGAGCGAGCAAGUGCUGCGACGCUUUGAGCGGCAGCCAGAUGAGCUGGAGGACUUUCUGGAAUGCGCCAGUGGCGCGCUGCAGCGACUAACAAUCAAAGGCGCCACAUUGCAGCAAUUGAAGUGCUGGCAGACGGCGCAAUUUGCCAAACUGAAGACACUCGACUGUGAUCUGCGCUACUGUGAGGUGGAGCAGGCAGACUCCGAGACGCUGCUGCUGACGCAGCUGUUUCCCAACUUGAUAAGCCUCACGCUGAACAGCUGCUGCACUGGCGCGUACUUAUGGCUGUGGACGCAGCUGCAGGAGCUGCACUUGAUAUGCUGCGAGUCGCUGGACAGCUCCACAUUUGGACGCAUCUUUAGCACGUUGCCGCUGCGCAAGCUUUCGCUGCUUUACUAUGGCUACAGCGCCAAUCUGGGCGAGCAGGUUAUAGCUGCUUCGCAUUGUGCCACGCUGGAGCAGCUGGUCAUAGACGAUCAUCAUUUGCUGGGCGACUUCCUGCUGAAUCUGCUCGAGCUGCCCAAUUUUCAGCGUUUGGCUUUCUACACGCGCGACUAUCACGAGUGGCUGCUGCAAACCACAGCCAAGCUGCAGCCACUGCGCGUGGAGUCGCUGCUGUUCAACGACGCCUUCUGGAGCAGCACACAUGUGAGCAACGCCAUACUGGCCAUGACCAAUCUGCAGCGCUUGGUGCUAUACGACGAUGAUAUUGAGACGCAGCUGCUGGCCAAGCUGUGCGCCAAGCUGCCGCGCCUGAAGCAGCUGCAUUUGCUCAAAAUGCGUGAGCUGCCCACAGCCACACAAAUCUGGGAUAUGGUUUGCAAUUGUGGCAGCCUAAAGCUGCUGAAUCUGUCGCACAGCAAGCUGGAUCCGCAGUUUCUGGAACUAAGUCAAAUGGCCAUAAAGCGUGUGUUCUAUAGACGCAAAACUUGCCUCACGCUGCAGCUGCAUCAAACCUUCUUGGCCAACUCUGCGCAGCAGACCAUCGAUGCACUGCAGCAUGCCAAGCUACACAUCAUAUUCGAUCCCGUCGAUCUUGAGCUUUGGAGCACACGUUUCGUCGAAGUGCAAUUGAAGCCCAUUGAGAACUGAUUUUAAAUCCACACACACACUUUAAUAAACUAAUAUACAACGUA